AUGGCAGCCGACUAUGACCGACAGAUCUACCAGAAGCCCCAAGUCCGUCGAGCAGUGCUUGCGUUCAUGAGCGGGCUCGACAAAGACAAGCAGGUGUCCCAGGCGCUGAGCACGGCCAAGACCAAUUGCCGAUACAAUAAAGAGAAGGAGCGAUGGGAGCCUAUUAACGUCGAAUCCCUCUACACCGAGUCGAACGAAGCUCGUCAAAAGUUCUUAGAGUCCAUGGAGCAGUACGAUGCCGUGGCGAUGCCCAAAUACAAGACCAACCUCAGCAUCCGGGACGCGUACAGUUGGGACGAAGUGCACCGGGUCAUCGAUGCGAGUGUCGAAGCAUACCAGGUUCAAGCAACAAGCGGGAUCUGGGGCAGAAUCCGUCUGGGAUUCCGCAAGUUUAGCAAUGCCAAUGGCUCAUGCUGUGCUUUUUUGGAGCUUAUCCCGAGCUCAUCGGCUGCGCAGCACAUUGGUGAGGUCCGCAAAGAGGUCAUGGAUGCCCUGGAGAGCUUUCCGGACACCCUCUCAAAGAUAACCGCUACACUCUCCAUUUUCUACGAGAGCGAGGAUAUGCACCGUCGAACAUCUGCACUAUACGUGUCCAUUUUUGACGCCUUGGAAGGCAUUCUGACCAGGUUCAAAGAACGCACAGCAAGUAUGUGA